CAAAUACUCCAUAUAGAAACUUACAAAUUGCAUGUGGUUCAAUCAUCAAUAAAAUUUAAACCCGACAAUUUUUAUUUUAAUCAAACAAGCAAGGAAAAUUCAUCUUUGCUUUUGUACUACCCUGUCGUCACCGCUAACCUCACACACACAUGCCUCCACAAGUACUCUGUAUUUAUUCACGCUCAUAAAAUUGUUCAAAACCCUCAAAUCCCACAUUCAUUUUGCUCAUACAAAAAUCCUUGUCCGCCAAUGGAACAGCGCCACGUCCUCCUCGUGACCUUACCGGUGCAAGGCCACAUCAACCCCUCCCUUCAGUUAGCAAAGAAUCUCAUAAAAAUGGGCAUCCACGUCACCUUCCUCACCUGCAUCUCCGCGCGGCGCCGCUUGGCGGAGGAUACCAAGGGCCUAACUUUCCUCGCCUUCUCCGACGGAUUCGACGACGGUUUCAAGCUCGGCGACGACGCUGAUAAAUUCAUGGACGCGAUGCGAAGCAACGGCUCCACCGCCUUGAGAGGCGCCAUCAACGCCGCAGCGGAGGAGGGCCGCCCUGUCUCGUGCCUAGUCCACACGCUCCUCCUCCCCUGGGCGACGGAGGUGGCGCGUGAGCUCCACAUCCCCAGCUCGCUUCUCUGGGUCCAACCGGCCACCGUUUUGUGCAUAUACUACCACUAUCUCAACGGAUUUUCCGACGAAAUCAAUGAGAAAUCGGAAAAUCCCGGCUGGAAAAUCGAAAUCCCGGGAGCUCCGCCGCUCUCGAAAGCCGACAUUCCCUCCGUCCUCCUCCCUUCGUCUCCGGAAUUGGAUAAGUCUGCGCUUCCGGCGUUUAAGGAGCAGUUCGACUUGCUGGACGCCGAGCCUGGCAAGGCGAAGGUGCUCGUGAACACCUUCGACUCGCUCGAGGCGGAAGCGCUCGGCGCGUUCGACCGUUAUGAGCUGAUCAGUGUCGGACCGCUGAUCCCCUCCGCCUUCAUCGGCGGAGAGGAUCCGUCUGAGGAAAAGUCGUUCGGCGGCGACCUAUAUGAGAAAUCCGACGGCUGCAUCGACUGGCUAAACUCGAAGCCGCAGUCGUCGGUUGUCUAUGUGGCAUUCGGGAGCAUGUUGAGGCUCCCGAAGGCACAGAUGGAGGAGAUCGCGGCCGGCCUCCUUCGCUCUGGGAGGCCCUUUUUGUGGGUAAUGCGAGGCGAGGAGAAAGAGGAAGAGAAACUGAGCUGUUUGGAAGAUUUGGAUAAGAUUGGGAAGAUGGUGACGUGGUGCUCCCAGCUCGAGGUGCUGACGCACCCAUCACUGGGAUGUUUCGUCACGCAUUGUGGGUGGAAUUCGACUCUGGAGAGCCUGUCGUGUGGGGUCCCGGUCGUGGCGUUCCCUCGUUGGACGGAUCAGGGGACAAAUGCGAAGAUGAUAGAGGAUGUUUGGAGGAUUGGAGUUAGGGUGAGAGGUAAUGAGGAUGGGAUUGUGGAGAGUGAGGAGAUAUGGAGAUGUGUUGAGGAAGUGAUGGAUGGUGGAGUUAAGAGUGUGGAAUUCAGAUGCAAUGCUAAUAAAUGGAAGGGAUUGGCCAGAGAAGCCGUGGCAGAAAAUGGAUCUUCCACCAUGAAUUUGAAAGCGCUUUUGGACCAUAUAUCUUGAAGUUUGUCCUUGUUUGGGAUAGGGGAGGCCAUGGUUGGGGGGCAGGUGUGUGGGGCGGGGCGGACGGGUGAGGUGCCUAAGUUGGGGCCGGUGGGACGCCCGGCCCGUUGUGGUACGGCUCGCUAGUGUUGUGGGGCCUGCGACGCACCGCAACCCAUUUUUUUUAAUUGUCCACUUUUGUCAUUUUUGUUUGUUCCCUAUUAUUUGUUCAUUUUCACUAUCAGUAUAAAUGGUAAGUACGCUUCACAUUUCACUAA